AUGGCCACUCACAGAAUCAGUAACUACCUCAGUUUAAAAAUCCUCCGAGAAGACAAAAAAUGUCCUGGAUCACUGCAUAUUAUCAAGUGGAUUCAAGGUUGUUUUCAUGCCUUGGAAAAGAAAUACCUUUAUACAAAUCCUAAGGAACCUGAGCACAAAAAUGUUACUGAGAUAUACCAGUUCAAAUUCAAAUACACAAAAGCAGGAGCCACUAUGGAUUUUGACAGUAGUAAUACAAGCUUUGAAAGUGGGACAAACAGUGGAGAUAUUAAGAAAGCCAGUGUUCUACUGAUUCGAAAAUUAUACAUAUUGGUGCAAAACCUUGGACCCCUUCCUAAUGAUGUUAUACUUACUAUGAAACUUCAUUACUAUAAGGAAGUGACCCCACAAGACUACCAACCCCCUGGUUUUAAAGGAGUGAACUCACAAGUCCUGCUGUUUGAGGGAGACCCCAUCAACCUGCAAGUUGGAUUGGUCUCCACUGGCUUUCAUAGCAUGAAAGUGAAAGUCACAACAGAGGCUUCCAGAAUGCCUGAUUUGGAGAAUAAUCUCUUUCUGGAGAACAGCACUACUGAAAUUGCUCAUCAGGGCCUAGACUGUGAAGAGGAGGAGGAGGAGGAAGAGGAAGAGGAGAAGAAAUGCAACAAUCAAAUGCAAAGAAUGAAUUUUGUGUACAGUCAGCAAAGUUCUGAGAGUUCCAGGAAGAAGAGGAAGGUCAGCGAACCACUUCAUAUUUUUGUUCCUAGUCGUUGA